UGUUAAAGUUUGACCACCAACUCGAUGGAUUGGAGAAAUGGAGUCACCUGAUUUCUUCAUCAAUUUAGAGUCUAAGGGAAGUUUUACAGAGAAGUGUUUAAUUGAUGAUCAACCGGAUCGCACUAAAAAGAAAAAGAGGAAAACCCCGAAUUUAAAGAAAUCGUCCUCAAAAGUUGGGGUUGUGGGAUACAUAGGGGCUAAGGGAGGAGAGGUGUCACCCCAUAAGUCUGUGGACGACGAGGAUGACGCGCACAAAACACCUCUACGUUACUGCAAGUUUAUAGCCAAUUACCCGUGGUGUGCAUUCUUUUUGGCGUCGUCUUUCCACGUUACCGUAAUAACAGCGACCGUAUGCCUGGUUGUCACUGGCUAUGAUGUGUUCCCGAUUGAGUUCAAGACAAUGCCAUUGCUCCUUAACAAAGACAACACACGAACGCAAGAUCUGGCAUGGAGGAGCAGAGAUUCUUACGAUUACAAAAUAUGGAGACCUCUGACUGGAGCAUCACAGCCAGCCUACUACAACGGCUAUGUCGGUGACCUUGUCGAGGUCAUACUGGAAGUACCCUACUACGACAUCUUCAGCCGCGCAAAUCUCCAGCUUAUACAUGAGGCUGAAGAGAGGAUGUUCAACGUCAAGUAUUACCAGAUCUUCUUCUGCUAUGUUGCCAGCGGCACCGAUUGCCAUAAACCCUCGUCUGUUCUCAGGUUGUUUGACGGAACCUUUAACUCCUCCAGUGCCGUAUUCUAUGACCCCACGUUCAGUAACAUCCAUGGUGUUUUGUGCGAGUCAACCGCUCACAACGCAACCAAGGAUUACGUGCAGUUCUUCACAGAAAAGGGACUCAAUCUCUGUGAUGGCAUAUUGAGAUCCUCUAAAACCAGAUUCUUUUACAAAUUAGGAUGGCCACUACGAGGUACUAAUGAUAAAACCAAGUUAGAAACAUUUCUGGUCUCCUCGGUGAAACCAGAGAUGGAAAAUAUUCGUGAUCAUCUACUCUCCGGUAAAAUGUCUCUGUAUUACAUCAGCACGCUACUGUUCGAACAUGACGUCGUUGACCAGGCUCUGAGUGAUAUGCUUCUCGCUGUUGGCAGCUUUUUGUUUAUCUUCGUCUUCAUGUGGUUUCAGACAGCUUCUUUUUUUAUAACGUUUAUGGGUAUUUUCAGUAUACUUACCAGCUUCCUCCUAACGAAUCUCAUCUAUAGGUGUAUCCUGAAUUAUGAAUACUUUGGAUUUUUCCACGUUAUUGCCAUGUUCAUAAUCUUGGGUAUCGGGGCGGACGAUGUCUUUAUCUUCUACGACACGUGGCGACUGACAGGCCACACGGUAUAUCCCAGUAAGGCGCACAGACUUUCCGAUUGUUAUAGGAAGGCAGCGAAAACGACUUUUGUUACAUCUCUCACAACGAUGACUGCUUUUCUGGUGAGCGGUCUCUCACCUCUACUGCCGGUGUGCUCGUUUGGAAUAUUUUCUGGUAUUUUAGUAUUUGUAAAUUAUCUUUGCGACCUUCUCUACUUUCCCACUGUGAUAAUGCUUUAUUCACAAAAGGUCAAACCUCUUUGGGAUAAACUGUGUGGACCCUGUAUAAAAAAAUGCAAGAGGGAGAAACUAAAAGGAAAUAUAAAAAACAGUCCGAACAGUCUACAACAUGACGUCACUAUGUCUAUGGAUAUACCGAACAGUGAUAUAGACAAAGUACAGAAGCCUUCCACACCUUCUACAACUAAGCGCCCAGCAUGUAGUGAUUCGUCAUGCUGUGAUAUCCAAAACACAUCCAUGACGCCAAGGACUAAGAAAAAUUUCGAACACCGUAACAGAGUCGUCCUGUUUCUGAAAAACGGAUUCUACGAUUUCCUGACGCGUCGUGCUGUAACAGUUAUUGUACCUUUGCUAUUUCUCUGCAUUUCAGGUUUCUGUAUGUGGAGUGCUUCAAACUUGGAACCAGAUUCACAACAGCUUCAGAUCUACCGUGCAUCUCAUAACUACGGACGUGCGUCGCGCAUGCACUACUACAGCUUUGAGCGGAGUUUCGAGGAGGAAUAUGCAACCGUAUAUCUCGUAUGGGGUAUCAAAAGGAAGGAUCUCAGUUCGUGUAACUUCAAGUCAGCAACUUACUGUGAUGGAGUGGCAGGAUGGGACGAUACCUUCGACCCCAGUACACCUGAGGCACAGGUCGCACUUAAGAACCUUUGUAAUCGACUUGAGACGAUGAGCGCUGAGGAGGCCGAUUCACUGAAAAUAAAAAGAAACGCUCUCACGGAAAAGUUGGAAAUAACCUGCUUCACCACCCCGUACGAAACAUAUUUGCAGAAAGUGAUCAGUACGAACAGCAGCCUUUACCCCACUGGGCAGACACUGGACCUGCCUGUCAAUGUCGGGAACGUCUCGGCUUUCAUGGAUGCCCAGCCUUCAAUAUACUACUCCAGCUCGUCAUUGCCGUCUGAUUUUGACCAGCACGUAGGGAUCGGAGUGUCCUACUGGUUGUCCAAAAGUUAUACAGGAGAACCUACCGAUGAUUACUAUCUGUAUAACAGCCUACUGGGGGAACAGUCCAUAGACGGCACCACUCAAAGGACUAGAAACUCCUAUAACAUGUACUAUGCAACCAAGUUAAAGUACAUUGGGAUCCGUAUCAAUACCACCAUGAACGUCUAUACACUUGGUUACCCCGAAGGGAAACCUGUUUAUCAGAGAUGGGAGAAUCUCAUAACAGAAGAGUUGGAGAAAAUGCCAGACACAAUGAAGAAUGGAUUCCAAUGUUCAACAAACACUUGGAACUGGAUCAAAGUUCAGGAGUCGCUGGCGGACUCUGCUGUACAGGGGGUAAUCGUCGGCCUGUGUCUCGCCCUGCCCAUCCUUAUCAUCACAACUUUAAAUGUGGUCAUCGGCUUCCUCGCCACUGUCACCAUUGGACUCGUCACCGCCUGCGUCAUAGGGAUCAUCCCCCUGGCUGGCUGGAAAUUGGGGGUGUUGGAGUCACUGAACAUGUGUAUGGUGGUUGGUCUAUCCGUGGACUACGUUGUACACCUGGCCGAGGCUUACGCUACAUGUCCCUCCCCCUACCGGAUGGACCGUGUCCGCAACAUGCUGGAGAGCAUGGGCCUGUCUGUCCUGUCCGGGGCUAUCACUACCUUUGGAGCUGCCUCGUUCAUGCUGUUUUCACAGAUCCAGUUUCAGUACCAAUUUGGAAUAUUUGUGAUGAGUACAAUCUCAAUUUCACUCUUCUUUUCGUUCUUUGGUUUCACUACGUUUAUGUCAUUGUGUGGUCCCCAGGGCAACACCGGAAGUCUGGUAGCCUUCGGUAAAUGGAUAAAAUCGAAGUGCAGCAACAACAAAAAUGAGGAACUUUCCUCAACGCCUUCACAGAUUUACGGAGACCAAAGGACAACCACAUUCAUUGGGACAGACCGUAGGCAUGUGAUGGCUCCUGUAGAAAUGUCGUUGGUGCGAAGUCAAUCCCGGGUCAACUCCUCGGACAGCUCGCUACGCCUCAGAUUCUGGGAAUGAUUCGCAUGAAACCAGUCGAGGAGUAACUCGUUUCCCUUUGGAUUUUUCACUGGAGAAUUGAACACGUGUACCAAGAUUUUGAUUUAGGAGUCGCUCCUAAGUGCUUUGCUGUGUUUUGUGAUAAAACCGUAUACCGGAUUACCCUCAGUGUAUCGACUGCUGUAACGGAAACUUCAGCAUUAAUCUGUAUAAUAUAAAAUGUACAUUUUAUGCUAUUUUAGUGAGAAAACAAUUGAAUUUGUAGUAAUGCAUUACAAUCUUUUUAUUGAGUUAUCUUUAUAUUAUAAAAUGUAAAACUUAACUUAACGGAUUUAGUUUUCUCUGUGCCUAUUGUGUAUGCACUUCUACAGACAUGUGUAGUAAAUAUUGCUAUGUUAGCCUUCAGGUAUCAUCUGAGUUACCAAAUGCACAGCACAGUCACAAUUAUUCUAUUAAGCAUUUUAAUGCAGUUUUUAUUUAAAAUCUAAUAUUAUUUUCUGCAUUGUUAUCCUAUUUAAGAUUUGUUAAAUAAACUUUGUUACUUAAUCAAUUGUAAUAAUAAUAAAUAGGAUAGAUAACAUCAAAGACGACUUUCUAAAUAUCAAUGUAACAAGAACAACCAGAGGCCACAAUCAGAAACUAGAACAACUAAGGAGUAGAAGUAAUCUGCGUGGCCACUCGUUCAAAUUGAGAAUUGUAAACAACUGGAAUGGUCUCUCUGAUCAAGUGGUAAAUGCCCCAUCUCUGUUUUCCUUUAAGACCAGGUUAAAUAACACUGGAUAAAUCACCCCAACAAGUUUGAACCAAGCUUUUACUAACUAGCUGGGGUAACACAUACAGGCUUCUCUAAUGUCUCAUUUAAAUUCAGCAUUUUUUAACCGAUGAAACCUUUUAAUAUCUAUGUUUCCUAGUAAAGCCCAUUGACAGGUCUGUAACUAAUUCACCACAAUGUGUGUAUCCAUACUAAAAAGUAAAACAACUCUAUUUUUUUGAGACUUGUGAUCUAUACAGGCCUGUCAGUCCUAUUUUGAAACUGAAUACCCUUAUUUUAUAUAAAUCAGGAUGCAACUUUUGUUACCAUCCACUGCACAUGUACAUACUUUUCACUAGUUUUUGAGAAAUAAAGUCCUCUUCAAAUGCCUCCGAAUGCAACCGGAAGUGAAGUGGACAGUAUUAAGAAGCACCUCAAGAAGCGACUAGACGCUUACAACGGUGCCACCUGCAAUGAACCAAUGAACCAAUACUUUGUUCACUGUCUGAUAUCGUUGUUGACCUACAUACUUUGUUCACUGUCUGAUAUCGUUGUUGACCUACAUACUUUGUUCACUGCCUUAACUCAUUGUUGACCUACAUACUUUGUUCACCGUCUUAUAUCGUUGUUGACCUACAUACUUUGUUCACUGUCUUAUAUCGUUGUUGACCUACAUACUUUGUUCACUGUCUUAUAUUGUUGUUGACCUACAUACUUUGUUCACCGUCUUAUACCGUUGUUGACCUUCAUAAUUUGUUCACUGUCUUAUAUCGUUGUUGACCUUCAUAAUUUGUUCAGUCUUAUAUCGUUGUUGACCUACAUACUUUGUUCACUGUCUGAUAUCGUUGUUGACCUUCAUUUGUUCAGCGUCUUAUAUCGUUGUGACCUACAUAACUCUUCCCCGUGUCUUACAUCGUUGUUGAACUACACAUAUACUUUUUUCACUGUGUCAUUUAUCGUUGUUGACCUUGAUACUUUGUUCAUUGUCAUCAUUUAUUGAGACUAGCGCUUUUUUAACCUACAAUCAUCAGAUGGUUGGCUACUCAAAGCACCAUCGUCCGUGGUCCUUGGUCCGUUUGCCAGUCUAUCAUUCCUUAAACAAUUCUUGUCAGCGCUAUUUUUAACAGUUAUUGAGGUAUUUUUCUCGAAUGUCACAUGACGGUUUCCUAUGUUAUGCAUAUGGAAUUUUUGGAAUGAUCAGGAAAAACUUGCUUGCCGACUAGACGCCGUCUUUGAUUUUGAGAGUUAAAAGUUUGGUAACGUUUUUCCUCGAAAAGUACCGGAGGGAUCUUUUUCAAAUUCGAUAUAUAUAUAUAUAUGUAUAUUGUCUUUAGUUACACACGUUUAAUUUUUGGACCUAUCAGAAGACCAAGAUGACUGACAGGCCGCCAUCUUGAAUUUUGAGAUAUUCUUAACAUUACUCCUCAGAAAGUCCUCCAGGGAUCUUUCUCAAAUUUCCCAUGAAGGUUCCCAAUCAUGAAUGGUUCCUUGUUACAAAACUUCAUUCAUCAUUGACAGCAGUUCUAUGUUAAUGUACAAGAUUCCCAUUUAGGAUUUCCAACAUGGGACUUUAACAAAGUGCCAAGAACAUGUUCAAAGUAUUCUUCCUUCAGUUUGGUUUUAGUUUCUCCUAAGUUCCUGUUGUUGAUCUUUCGUAAAACCCUUGAGCUCGGUUUAGUGAUUGUUUGUAGACACUUUGACAUACUAUUUCUUCUUCACGUGAUGUUGUACUCCUCUUACGGUGUACACACUAGCCACCAUAUAAUUAUGUCACACAAAUAGUCUCAGCAUCUUGCAUAAAUUAUUACUUCAUACUGGUUAUCACAGAAAAUUUGGAAACAUUAUACCUACUAAAUGUACCUUUAAAGAGGUUCAGGACAUAUUUAAAUGUUCAGUAAGACAACCACUACAUAGGUAUCACAAAACAACUUUAUUUUCUUGAGAGUGACCAUCUCAAUCCAAAUAGGCUACAAAUGUCACAACAAAUAUACACUCAAUAUAUUUAUUACUGGAGUCAUCAAAAAGGUCAGCAUCAUCAAUUUCAUUGAUUAUCAGGUAAAGGGAGAAAUCACAAGAUUUCAACAUACCGGUACUCAAUAAAUUUCUAAAUAAAUGUAGCAAUUUCAAAAUACAAUGUUAUCCUUUUAAUUUUUUGUUUGUGUAAUUCUAAAUAUGCUGAACACUGUCAAAAUCAUCAAGAAAAAAAAUUGCAUUUACUUAUGAAAAAAAGCUUCUUCACGAACACAAAUUGUACGUUGACAAACACAAAGGACAACAUCAUCAGAAUGAAAUAAAGGUCUAGAGGAUUUAUCUGUUUACUGUGUGAGAGCUUGGAUAUAUACCAGUGUCCAGAGACGUAUAAUCAAAGUACUGAAAGUACUGAACACACAAACAAGGAUGGGACCUGCUUACAGUUUUGUGAAAGCACAUAUUCUCAAAUAUACGUCUCUGCCAAGUCGUCUUACAUCAUUGCCAUUUGGUAUAUAAAUCAUUAUGUGGAUAUUGGGUAAAUCAGAUAACUGAACGACGAGGCAUAAA